CUCUCUUUAUCAAAACCCUAGCCGCAGAUCUCUUCCCCAUCUACUCCCCCCACCCCCGGUUUCUCUCUCGGAUCUCAUCCGCCAUGGCCGAAACCCUAGUUAUGAAGGGCGUGAUGAAGGGCCACGCCGACAUGGUGACGGCCAUCGCGGCCCCCAUCGACAACACCGACAUGAUCGUCACCUCCUCACGCGACAAGUCCGUGCUCGUGUGGACCCUCACCAAGGACACUGCCAACUCCUCCAUGGACCCCUCCACCGCCAUCUACGGCGUCCCCCGCCGCCGCCUCACCGGCCACUCGCACUUCGUUCAGGACGUCGUUCUCUCCUCCGAUGGCCAGUUCGCGCUCUCCGGAUCCUGGGACGGCGAGCUCAGGCUCUGGGAUCUGAACACUGGGGCGACUACGAGGAGGUUCGUGGGCCAUACCAAGGACGUACUCUCUGUUGCUUUCUCUGUUGACAAUCGCCAGAUCGUGUCGGCGUCUAGGGAUCGUACCAUCAAGCUUUGGAACACUCUAGGUGAGUGCAAGUACACUAUCCAAGAUGCUGAUGGACAUUCGAACUGGGUUAGCUGUGUCCGUUUCAGCCCGAACAUCCUUCAACCUACAAUUGUCUCAGGCUCUUGGGAUCGUACAGUUAAAGUUUGGAACCUGACCAACUGCAAACUCAGGUGCACUCUUGCAGGGCACGGAGGGUAUGUUAACACUGUGGCUGUGAGUCCUGAUGGCUCACUGUGUGCCAGUGGAGGCAAAGAUGGUGUGACACUGCUGGUAAGGAUAUAUUAUGUGAAAUAUAUUCAUGCCUUGUGCUUCAGUCCAAACAGGUACUGGCUCUGUGCUGCCACUCAAGAGAGUGUGAAGAUAUGGGAUCUGGAGAGCAAGUCUAUUGUUCAGGAUCUGAAGCCAACUGAUGCCCCUCAGCCAACUUCAUCCAAAAAACAGAAGAUAUUGUACUGCUCAAGCCUAAGCUGGAGCUCUGAUGGUAGCACGCUCUUCACUGGCUACUCUGAUGGAUCGAUCCGAGUUUGGGAAAUCAGCCGUUAUUAGAGAUUUUGGUGGUCUAGCUUUAUAAUUGAGACUAUUUUGGUUACUUUGUCAAUUUUUGCAAGUGAACUUGUUAGCUGUUUAUGCUUGUUUUUGAACUAGUUUGGUUUUGUUUACUGGAUCUCUCUGCUUCUUAAAACCUUCUAGAGGAAUUUAUUUAAAUGACUAGCUUUCCUCUUAGCUCGUUUUUUCAACUAAACGAGUGUUGUUUGUUUUGGUAAAAUCUGGUAUUGGAGCUUCCCUAAACCAUGGCAGGAGAAUGCAAAAGCUUGGCUUCGUAUUGUGCUGAAA